AUGGUGAUUCCGGGCAGCGCUCGAGUGGGGUUUCUCGGUGACUCGGGAGACUCCUCGGGUUUCGUUGAUGAGCCAUCGCCGAUGGCACUGCCAGCAACUCCACUAUCGGCAAGCAGCAGCAUUUCUGAGGGUUGGAAAUAUUCGUCGCAAAAGAUUUUGUGGAAACUCAAACCGAAAUACAUGCAUUUCUCGCACGCGAGCAGCACGAGUGCCUCGAGUAGCACGGAUUCGGCGUGGAGGAGCCAGGACUCGGCUACAUGGAGAAGUGUUGAUGGAAGCGAGGUAGUCCUCCGUGGUUCACGGCUGGAAACGCUAUCAGCUGCUGAAAGAGCCGCGUUACGAUCUGUCGCAACGGCAACACUUGCGAGAAUGCUGCCUGGUAUCUCCUUGCAUAGACAAAAAGACGCGUUUCAAACUCUUCGAAUGAAGCGGCAGAAAUUGAUGAAAGCGACAAGGCUUGGAAUUGGAGGCUCAGAAGUGACAAGACGACCAUCGUCUUGUAGUACGGAUGAUGAACGGCGAUCAGUCUUCGGAGCUCCAUUAUCAGCGGCCUUGGAGUGGGAACGAGGUCAAGAUGCCGAGAGCAGG